CUUUUCCCUUACUUUGGCGGGUAAGACCCUAAAUUGCCCCCAAAAACCCAUAGCAUUUUCCCGCUUACUUUCUCAGUUGUUGGGACAAUGCCCCUAAAAAUUUGAUAAAGAAAAUGCAAAGCUAGGGUUUUUGUUUAGUCACCCAAUGCAGAAAGUUUGGUUUUUACUGUAGUGUCUUCACAUGCCCCUCUGAAAGCUCAAAGCAAGGUUGGUAAUUUUAAAGACCCACUUUUAGUUUCUUCAUGGGUUUGCUGUAGCUGGAUACUACUGAGCUCUCUGAAGGAAUGUGGAGGAGGAGGAUGAGUAUGAGGCUGGGUGGGAUUUUAGUGCUGUCCCUAUUUUUCCUUUCUGCAAUGGGACAGCUUCCUUCGCAGGAUAUUUUGGCGCUGCUCGCGUUCAAGAAGGGUGUCAAGCAUGAUCCUACUGGUUUUGUCGUCAAUUCUUGGAAUGAUGAGUCCAUUGACUUCAAUGGUUGUCCUUCUUCUUGGAAUGGGGUUAUAUGUAAUGGUGGAAAUGUCGCUGGAGUUGUCCUUGAUAAUUUGAGUCUCUCUGCGGAUGUGGACUUGAGUGUGUUUUCGAAUCUAACCAAGCUUCUGAAACUUUCCAUGGCCAACAAUUCGAUAUCUGGGAAAAUUCCUGACAAUAUUGCAGACUUCAACAGCCUCCAGUUUCUUGAUCUCUCCAACAAUUUAUUUGCUUCAUCUUUACCACCUGGAAUUGGUAAGUUGGGGAGCUUAAGGAACCUCUCAUUAGCUGGCAAUAACUUCUCGGGCUCCAUUCCAGAUUCCAUUUCAGGGCUUUCCUCAAUCCAGUCGUUGGACUUAAGUCGCAACUCCUUUUCAGGGCCGAUGCCGUCCGCAUUGACAAAGCUGUCCAGUCUGGUAUCUCUAAAUCUUUCUUUGAAUGGCUUUACCAAGAGCUUACCUAAGGGGUUUGAGCUAAUGUCAAGUCUAGAUGUGCUCGACUUGCAUGGAAAUAUGCUUGAUGGUCCUCUGGAUAAGGCAUUUCUGAUGGAAGCAACUGCCACGCAUGUUGAUUUUAGUGGCAAUAUGUUUACAAGUUCCAGUUCACAGCAGCAGAUGUUUCUACCUCGUCUUUCCGAGAGUAUCAAGUACUUGAAUCUUUCCCACAACCAGCUUACUGGGUCACUGGUAGGUGGCAGUGAGCUUCAGAUAUUUGAGGACUUGAAGGUGUUGGAUCUCAGCUACAACCAGCUGUCAGGAGAAUUGCCUGGAUUUAAUUUUGUCUAUGACCUCCAGGUCCUCAAACUUAGCAACAACAGAUUUACUGGAGUUGUUCCCAAUGGCCUAAUAAAAGGAGAUUCUCUGGUUUUAAGUGAACUAGAUCUGAGUGGCAACAAUCUCUCAGGACCAAUAACUAUGGUGACAUCAACAACUCUGAGCAUCCUUAAUCUCUCCUCGAAUGGGCUUACUGGUAAGUUGCCAUUGCUGACUGGAAGUUGUGCUGUACUUGAUCUAUCCAAGAACAAAUUAGAGGGAAAUUUAACCAGGAUGGUGAAAUGGGGGAACAUUGAAUACCUUGACCUGAGUCAAAAUCUUUUGACAGGACCCAUCCCUGAUGUCACUCCACAGUUUUUGCGUUUAAAUUAUCUCAAUCUUUCCCAUAAUUCUCUUAGUAGUUCCAUAGCAAGUGUUAUAACACAGUAUCCAAAAAUUAGUGUCCUUGAUCUCAGUUCUAACCAGUUAGAUGGCACAGUUCUAGCUGAGUUGCUAAGCAUGCCUACUCUGCAAGAGCUCCACCUUGAAAAUAAUUUACUCACUGGGUCUAUCAACAUUUCAUCUCCUUUGUUCAACCAAUCCAAUCUUCAGGUUCUUGAUCUUUCUCAGAACCGGCUGAGUGGUUAUUUUCCUGAUCAAUUUGGUUCACUGAAUGGGCUUAAAGUGCUCAAUAUUGGGAGAAAUAAUCUUUCUGGCUCUCUGCCAACUUCCAUAUCUGACAUGAGCACACUAAGCUCAUUAGACAUAUCGCAGAAUCAUUUCACAGGUCCUCUUCCAAACAACUUGCCAAACAGUCUUGUAUUCUUUAAUGCUUCAUAUAAUGAUCUUUCUGGGGAUGUCCCAGAAAAUCUGAGAAAGUUUCCGAGUUCUUCCUUCUAUCCAGGGAAUACGCGCUUGCGGUUUCCAAGUGGUGGUCCUCCUGGAUCAAACAAUUCCGAAUCUGAACAUUCAAAGAGGAAACCAUUCAGCACACUUGUCAAAGUUAUCAUUAUAGUUUCAUGUGUGGUUGCUGUUUUCAUUCUUCUUCUGCUUGGUAUCUUCAUUCAUUACAUCUGCAUGUCAAGGAGAACCCCAUCAGAGAAUACUGCAAACAAAGACAUCCACAAACGUGCUCCACCAAACCCCUCAGGUGCUCGAGGAGCAGAGAGUGGUGGUGCUUUGGUUGUUUCAGCUGGGGAUCUUGUGGCUUCACGGAAAGGAUCGUCUUCUGAAAUUAUCAGCCCUGGUGAAAAACUCGCAGCUGUAAGUGACUUCUCCCCUUCAAAGAACAGCCAUUUCUCUUGGUCACCAGAGUCUGGAGAUUCCUACACUGCAGAAAACCUUGCCAGACUGGACGUGAGAUCACCGGAUAGAUUGGUUGGUGAGCUUCAUUUUCUUGAUGAAACAAUUGCAUUAACACCUGAGGAGCUUUCAAGGGCUCCUGCUGAAGUUUUGGGAAGAAGCAGCCAUGGCACAUCUUAUAAGGCAACACUUGAUAACGGGCUGUUCUUGACAGUUAAGUGGUUGAGAGAAGGGGUGGCAAAGCAGAAAAAGGAGUUUGCCAAGGAGGCUAAGAAAUUUGCCAAUAUGAGGCAUCCAAAUGUUGUGGGUUUGAGAGGGUACUAUUGGGGUCCUACACAGCAUGAGAAGCUUAUUCUUUCAGAUUAUAUCUCACCUGGAAGUCUUGCAAGCUUUCUUUAUGAUCGACCAGGAAGAAAAGGUCCACCAUUGACCUGGGCCCAAAGGCUCAAAAUUGCAGUUGAUGUUGCACGUGGCCUGAACUAUCUCCAUUUUGAUCGUGCUGUUCCACACGGUAACCUCAAAGCAACAAAUAUUCUGUUGGAUGGGUCUGAUCUGAAUGCCCGAGUUGCUGAUUACUGCCUCCACCGUCUCAUGACACAAGCUGGCACCAUUGAACAGAUUCUUGAUGCUGGUGUCUUAGGUUACCGCGCCCCAGAGCUGGCUGCUUCCAAGAAGCCACUGCCCUCCUUCAAGUCCGAUGUUUACGCCUUUGGAGUGAUAUUGUUGGAACUUUUAACUGGAAGGUGCGCUGGUGAUGUGAUCUCUGGUGAAGGAGGCGGGGCAGAUUUGACAGAAUGGGUGCGGUUGAGGGUAGCAGAAGGUCGUGGGUCAGAUUGUUUUGAUGCUGCAUUGGUGACUGAGAUGGGAAAUCCAGCAGCAGAGAAGGGAAUGAAGGAAGUCCUUGGAAUAUCAUUACGGUGUAUACGUUCUGUCUCUGAGAGGCCAGGUAUUAAGACUAUAUAUGAGGAUCUAUCUUCCAUAUAGUUUAGUUUGCCCUAGAGUUAGCUAAUCUGAACAUGUUGUAUUAAGACUAUAUAUGAGGAUCUCUCUUCCA